AUGCCUGAAAAAAAAGAGCUUCAACUCCAAGGCCCCCGCCCCUCCGCCCUCAAAAUCACCAAAGAUUCUCACAAGAUCAAAAAGCCGCCGCUCCCCCCACCGCAACCACACCGCCCCGUCAUCAUCUACACGGUCUCCCCCAAGAUCAUCCACACCGAUCCUACCCAGUUCAAGGACUUGGUCCAACGUCUCACCGGCCAUCAUCAACCGCCCUCCUCCUCAUCAAACCAUGCCCUUGUUCAUGACCACCCACCUCCAGAUCCUAUCUCCAUACCCAUUACAGAUGCUAUAGACGAUCAAGCUGGUGGUGUGGACAGGAUUAUUGCUCAUGGGAUAUUAUCGCCUACCCCGGGGUUGCUACCCCCGAUUUCCCCCACUAUUUUCAGUACUCCCCCACCACAGGCCGCCGCCGCCGCCACCGGGGAUCUCACCUCUCUUACACAAUUUUUCCAUGACCUUAGCCCUAUACCUGCCAAUCAUUUUUCUCCAUCUUUAGAUUUCUUCCAACAAAACUUCCCUGAUUUCCAUUAA